CGCCCAUGGCGGCGGAGCCUCAGCCCAAGGCGCUGACACGCAAGCCCCUCCUGCUCAACAAAGUGGAGGGCUCGCAGGAGGUGGUGAACAUGGCAGCGAUAGUACCCAAGGAGGACGGGGUCAUCAGCGUCUCCGAGGACAGAUCCAGGGCAUAAAGCAUAAAGAGUUCACACCUGUGAAGUGCCUCUAAUUGGAAAGCCGGACUGUUCACUUGGUGCUGCAUCCAGGCAAGACACGAGGACCUGCAGACCCUUGAGUUCACAGUAUUGCAAUGUGGAGACUUCUCGGAACAGUGCUUGGACAUGUCCAGAGAAUCUUGCAUCCUGCCCUGCAGCGUUGUGCAGACUUCUAUGGAGCACACUGCAACCUGAAAGCACAAAAACAGUUCGUGUCUGGCUGAAGAGAGACAGUGGGCAGUACUGGCCCAGCAUAUACCAUGCAAUGCCAUCUCCAUGUUCAUGCAUGUCUUUUAACCCGGAAACCAGAAGGCUGUCCAUAGGUCUAGACAAUGGUACAAUCUCAGAAUUCAUUUUGUCAGAAGAUUACAACAAAAUGACACUAGUGAAAAGUUACCAGGCUCAUCAAAGCAGGGUCAUGAUGGUUCUGUUUGUCCUGGAGAUGGAGUGGCUGCUGAGCACUGGGCAAGACAAGCACUUCACGUGGCACUGUUCAGAGAGCGGCCAGCGGCUGGGAGGUUACCGCACCAGCGCCGGGGCCUGCGGCCUGCAAUUUGAUGUGGAAACCCGGCACGUGUUUGUUGGUGAUCAUUCUGGGCAAGUGACCAUACUCAAACUAGAGCAAGAGUCCUGCAGCCUUGUGACGACAUUUAAGGGACACACAGGUGGUGUCACUGCUCUCUGUUGGGACCCAAUACAGCGAGUUUUAUUCUCAGGCAGUUCUGAUCAUUCCAUUAUAAUGUGGGAUAUUGGAGGAAGAAAAGGAACAGCCAUCGAGCUGCAAGGACAUAAUGAUAAAGUUCAGUCUCUCUCCUAUGCUCACCACACUCGGCAGCUCAUCUCCUGUGGUGCAGAUGGGGGAAUCGUUGUCUGGAACAUGGAUGUUGAGAGGCAGGAGACCCCUGAGUGGCUGGAUAGUGAUUCCUGUCAAAAAUGUGACCAGCCUUUCUUCUGGAACUUCAAGCAAAUGUGGGACAGUAAGAAAAUAGGCCUCAGGCAGCAUCACUGCCGGAAGUGUGGGAAAGCCGUGUGCGGCAAAUGCAGCUCCAAGCGCUCCUCCAUCCCGCUGAUGGGGUUCGAGUUUGAAGUGAGGGUCUGUGACAGCUGUCACGAGUCCAUAACGGAUGAAGAGCGGGCGCCCACAGCUACUUUCCACGACAGUAAGCACAACAUCGUUCACGUACACUUUGAUGCCACCAGAGGAUGGCUCUUGACCUCGGGGACAGACAAGGUUAUUAAGUUAUGGGAUAUGACACCAGUAGUGUCUUGAUGGUACAUCAGUGGAACCUGAAAGGUGGUAUUUACAGAAGAAACAGAUUUGCUAACCCUAAUCAUACUGCAGAAGAUAGGUAACGCUGGGUGCAUACAGCAGAUGAAGAAGGAACUAAUGUGUUUACAACAGUUUUACAUCCUCUGCUUGAUCAAGGCUGAACAUUUGCACGAAGACUCUUUCCACUUAUUCUCAAAAUACACAAGAAAGUAUUUUUUUAACUAAUGGUUUGUACGAUCCAACUUCAGUUGUCCUGAGUUUCUUUGGAAAAUCCGUGUGCGGUGCAAUUUUUAGUUUUUAUAUUUCACCAUGUCGAGAUACUUGCUGAUUUGUACAGAAGGUUCUUGGGUCGUAUCUUACCAUGUGAAUUUUGGGUAUCAACAUACUGUAUCAGGCAAUCGGCUCUCCCUGCAGUGAGUACCUAUUGAUUUGGGAUGUUUCUGCGGACCACGUUCUCUUCAGUGUUGGAACUGCGGCCAUGGUGUCGUGUGUUCUCCGGGUGCAUCACCGAGGAGCUGAUGGACUAUUGCAGUUCCUAAAAGGGCUCUACCAUCUACCUGUCCUAGCGGGCAUCGCCCAGAGGGAGUGUUAUUGGUUUGUAGUAGCUAAAAUCCAGCUUCCUGCCUCUUUCCUUGAUGCACAAGUUGCAAAACCAGGGGGGCAGGUUGCUUAGCAACUAGUUUCUGCAAAAACCGAAAUAGUUUUGCCGUCUCAGAGCAUUACAAGGAGCACACAGACCUGUUUGAGUUUGAUGAGGCUGACAGGCUGAAUCAAAUUAAAUUACUGGCAACAGGAACUUUGGGGUGUGUGUGCAUAGGGGGAGGGGGGACAGAUCUAAAACUGGUUUAAGUCUGAAAAAUCUAGUUUUCCUCUACCUCUACCUUGCUCAGCAACAUUUCAGCAUUUAUACCUGUCUGUGUUGUUGGAGAUGAAUUCGAUUUCCCUGUUUUCCAUACGGUUAGUCAUAUUUAUUUUUUAAAAUGCUGAUGGUUUUUAUUAAUUUCCCCUAUAGACCAGAAACUGAUAUUGCUGAAUGACACCCAUUGUCCUAUUGUCAUAUUUUAUGGUUUCUUUUAAAAAUAAAAACAAUUUUAAAACCUG